AUGCCCCCAGCGAAAACUGCCAAGGGCGGCCAUGAUGACGGCAAAGGAGACUCUGCAGGUGCCAAGGAGAAGAACGGACACGGCAGCCACCUCACGAACGGCAAGAUGCGACGAGUAGCGAGUGCUACAGGUGGUUCCCAGCUCCGCGAGGUCACCAACGCCAGCGCCUCCAAAACAGCUGCUGCAAAAGAGGAGGCAACCCCGCCGAGUAUCUCUUGGAAAUCCUUCGACCGCGACAUGCUGCAUGCCUACCGUCGCGAGCACCGACUCGACACACCUACGUCCUUCUCCAGUUCCUACCGACACAUGAUCCUGUCACAACCGGGCUGCAUCGGCCUCCACUCUCCGACAAUGGCCCGCAGAAGGCAAGACAGGCGGCAAAGCAAAGAGCAGCUGGCAUUGGCGGUGCGCAAGCAUUUCAACGGUGCGGGCAUCCAGGAGAACGACGCCAUUGUGGACUUCAUCCACAGAGUACACAGCCAAAGCUUGACCCGGGCAGACAAGCAGCGAAGGCCACCCCCAGCAUUGGAUGUCGAAAAGUGA